AUGUCCCUGAGAGCGCGAGCAGGAAUCAUAGCAUUCAGCAGUCUGAGCUUUGGGCUGAUAUGGUAUGGUGAUCACAAGCUCACUGAACUAGGAAUAAGCGAAUGGAUGGCGGCGCAAAACAUAUCAAAGUCCAUGUUUCUGACGAUUUUUGCGGGUGUUUGGGGAUCAAUGCUUACGCACUUAUCGAUAAUAGUUGACCAGGUAUGCAUGACUGCAGCGACUAAGCGGAUCGCGAGAACAUUAACAGUAGUCGUACUUCCAGCGAAUAUCACCAUCACAAUGAUAUACUGGCCAUUGUACCUUUUCUUCAGGCAUUUGAUCGCCCAGAGCUCAGAUUUCAAGAUGCCGCUUGUGACUGAUAUGAUGGUGCACUUGCUACCGGGCGCAACAUUGCUAAUUUACACUCUCUUCUUCGAGGAUUCUAAGCGGGCAAAGAUGUUUGGAAGAGACCUCUGCAAGUAUGUCCUAACCGCCCUGGGCUAUAUCUUAUGGAUCGAGUAUAAGGCGUAUGAGAAUCACGACAAGAUCAUGAGGUACCCUUAUCCAUUUCUGAAUGUAACAGGGAGUGCUGGCAGGUUACUCGAGGUAAAUGAAUCGAUUACGUCUACCAUCAUGUUCUCGGCACUUAAAACAAUCCCUAGAGUUAAUUCGAUCGGCAGAAUUGGAUUAAGAAGCACUGCCACUUCAUUUGCUGCCUUCAGAGGCAUUACUACCAAACGCUUCACCAAGCAGCACGAGUAUGUCACUUAUGACACUGACAGCAAUAUUGGUACCGUUGGUAUCACUUCCCACGCCCAAAACAGCCUCGGUGAUGUUGUUUUCGUUGAAUUGCCAACGGUGGGAAGCGUAGUGAAGCAGAGCGAGCAAAUCGGCGCUGUGGAGAGUGUCAAAGCUGCUUCUGAUAUCUACGCACCACUCGCCGGUGACGUAGAGGCUGUAAACGAGGAGCUCAACGAGCGCCCAAAUCUCCUCAACAAAUCACCAGAAGAUGAAGGCUGGCUCUGUAAGCUGAGAGUUACUGCACCAGAGCAACUUGAAGCACUUCUCAACGAGGAUUCUUACAAGGCAUUUACCGAGUCGUUGGAGGAAUAG